CAGGCGGAUGGGCAGCGGAAGGGGAAUCCGUCGGAAUUGGACGAUGGGCCCGUGAAGAAUAGAUCCUGCAGGGAUGUCAUCUGCCUCCUCUUCUUCGUCGCCUUCUUCGUCUUUUUCGGGGUGGUGAUCGUGUGGGCGGCGACCGUGGGGGACCUGGAUCGGCUGCUGCACGGCUACGACAAGAGCGGGAACGUGUGCGGGAGGAAGACGAAUCCGACGAUCGCGGGGGUGAAUGGGAGCGGGCAGGAUACGUCGGGGAAGCCAUAUUUGAGGACUUGCGGAAUCGGUGUUACCUGUGGCAGCGAGGAAUGCGUUACUCAAUGCUCCAACACGGAGACGUUGGUUUUGAACCGUUGCUUGCCCAUUUCGACCGGUGCAACUUCUGCAGCUACCAAGGAUGCAGGAAACUUUUUCAUGCGGGUCGGAGCGAGCAUCCAGGCGACCUGGAGGGAAAUCGUCUACAUGUGCCUCAUCGCCCUCGUGUUUUCUCUCGUGAUCACCAUAAUGUUUCGGUUUCUGACGGGGGUUGUGGUGUGGCUCAUUCUCAUCGUGGGGUCUUUGGCCUGCAUCGCCGGAACCAUCGCGCUCUGGAUAUUGUGGAACAAUGAGAAGCAAGCAAAUGGAGCAAACGAGAAAUAUUACCUGAUAGGGGCCAUCGCUGCUACGAUUUUCACCGUCAUUCUGCUGCUGGUUCUUCUGGUGAUGAGGAGCAGGAUCGCCCUCGUCGUCGCGCUGUUCCGAGAGGCCGGGAAGGCCCUCCACUCCAUUCCCUUCUUGUUUCUUCAGCCGCUUUGGACGUUCAUCGCGUUGGCCAUAUUUCUGUUCAUUUGGGGUCUGGGUGCACUCCUGAUCCAGAGCACCGGGGAUCCAACCGUGAACUCCGAUGGAAUCGUCAAGUACAACAUCAAUGGGUUUUUUGCCGGUAUGCGUUGGUACCAUCUGUUCGCGCUGUUCUGGGGAGUCCAAUUCAUCAUCGCCUGUCAGCACGUCGUCAUCGCUGGUGCGAUUGCCGUCUGGUACUUCACAAGGAGCAAGAAACUCGGCUUCCCCAUCUUCCGGAGCACGUGGAACCUGCUCCGAUACUCGAUCGGGUCCGUGGCCCUGGGCUCCUUCAUCAUCGCCUUGAUCCAGCUCAUCCGCUACCUCCUCUCGAGGCUCCAACAGCGGCUGAAGGGAUCGACGGCGCUGUCCUGCUGCCUCUGCUGCUGCCAGUGCCUCCUGUCCUGCUUCGAGAACUUCCUCAAGUUUCUCAAUCGGAACGCGUACAUCGAAAUCGCGAUCUACGGCUACUCGUUCUGCAAGGCGGCGCGGGAGGCGUUCAAGCUGCUGACCACCAACGCACUGAGGAUGGUGGCCAUCAACACGAUCGGGGAUUUCGUCCUCUUCCUCGGCAAGGUCGCCGUCGUCGUCCCCAUCGUUUUCAUCGGCAUCAAACUCGUCGGGAACCGAGACGGAGUGGAAUACCCGUGGGCUCCGGUGGUCGUCGGUGCCGUGUUCGCCUUCAUCAUCGCCCACGCCUUCAUCGCCGUCUACGAGGUCGAGGCCUUCGAGAUGGCGGUGGAUACCUUGUUCCUUUGCUUCUGCGAGGAUGUGGAACGGAACGAUGGGGUCAACAGGCCGUAUUACAUGAGCAAGGGACUCAUGGAAUUCGUGGAGAACAGCAAGCAGGCGAUGGCGGCGCUGGAUGCUCGAAAGAGGGACAAGGGGGCUUGAAUCACUUUUGGCAACUUUUUUCUCAUUUUUCCCCUUGCCGAAAUAAUUUAUAUCUUCGUUUUUGAUACGACGUUCGUGAGAUCCUGCACCGAUGGAAUAUUUUCGCAAAAAAUUUCGUCGAGCUACGAAGUUGGCCUGAUUAGAGGGACGAGAAAUUGCCGUGUUCGUUCCCGAUUUGACAAUCUGCUGAAUGAGGGUUGAUAGAAAUGACUAAUUUUGCCGAUAGAAAAAAUUUAUAUAUUUCUGCACGUAUUUUCCUGGACAGAGACUUUAUUUAGAGCAAAAAAAAACUGCGGGUGAAAUUUUUUUUAGUGAAUCCAAUCCGCGUGUCUGCACCCCUUUUUUAGGCACUUCGCUGACGCCAUGAGACGAAUCUGCGUUAAACGAGAUGCUGGCCAUCGUAGGGUAAAAUUGACUUGUGAUACACUUGUGAUAUUUGCACGAUAAAAGUCCACUGUGUGAAA